GACGCUACUGUUCUUCCCUCCUCCAUCUUUCAUCGAUCAUUCUAUCAAAAUGUCGGUCAGUAGGAUCGGAAGCUCUUCAAGAGUAACGCUCGCGACAAAAAGGGAAGUUCUUCCUUCCCUUACUCAGGCGAGAAGGAUCAAUACAGCUUGUACGCCUCGACAAAUCAUUUCUUCCCGAAGAUCCGAAAUUGCUUCAAUUCGACCAACGAUCAACAAUACCUCAAUAGGAAACCGUUCAAUCUCAUCCCUAUUCAAGACAGCCACUCAAACUUCCGAUGACGUGGUAAUCGUUGGAGGUGGUGUUGUGGGCUUGGCAUUGGCAUGCUCGCUUGCUUCAGAUCCGGCAUUCCGAUCAGCAAAAGGAAGUAUCACCUUAGUGGAGGCAUCACCACUGGACAAGCUACGAUCAUGGUCAAAGACGAAGCAAUUUGAAGGGCAAAUCAACGAUUGGGAAAACAGAGCAAUCUAUCUUACAGAGGAGAAUCGUGACUGGCUAGCGGAUCUUGGAGUAGAAGAGUUUCUGCUGUCAAAUCGAGUAGGACCGGUGCACUCUAUGCACGUAACAGAUGGCUUAACGGGCGCUGCUCUAGACUUUGACGUCUCGAAUCCACAUGAUAGUCAGCUAGGUACAAUGGUGGAAAUCAGUAAUCUACAACAAGCUAUGCUGAGCAGGAUAGAGGAGCUGAAGUCAAAAUACGAUAUUUCCAUUCGUGUUUUAGACGGAACAAAGGUUGAGAUUAUUGAAGCUAUGCAACCGGAUCAAAUUGCAACACCAUCAAGUUAUACAGAUGCCUGGCCAUUAGUUCACUUGAGUGGUGAUCACAAACCCAUCAAAGCCAGAUUACUAGUCGGAGCUGAUGGAAACAAUUCACCUGUACGCAAAUACGCUGGUAUCAAGGCGCAGGGAUGGCCUUAUGGACGAAUGGGUGUCGUUGCAACAGUAAAGACUGCACAGAAUCUGGCUCUACCAUCCAUCUCCGAGAGAGUUGCACAUCAACGCUUCUUACCAACGGGGACGAUUGCUUGGCUUCCUCUUUCGAACGACUCUGCAUCAAUCGUAUGGACAUUACCGCCAGACGUUGCAAAAGCAUUGACUGGACUUCAAAAGCAAUUUGAAUCGGAAGCAAACAAUGAGGUGUCGCCUUUAGCACAUCUCAUCACUGCCGCCUUUCGCUUGCCAUGGGACAGUCUCAGCCCAAUUUUGACAAGAAUUGCGAGUAAUGCGAGCCUUGAAAUUCAGGAUCAUUCAUGGAUCGUACCUGCCAUCCAAGAACAGCUAAUGACGAGUGCUCUGGAACAUGGGUCGAAUCAGGAUGUACCUGUUCCAGCUGCUUCGAUCUUGAAAGGAAGUGUGGCUGGAUUUCCAUUGAAAUUGUCACAUGCUGAAGCUUACCUAGGCUCUUCCUUGCGUCAAACGAGUAUUGCCGAAGCUGGAGCAGGUGCAUUAUUGCCAUCAACUUUCCUACAAAAAGCGAUUGAAGGAGUUUCCUCUGUUGCAUCUGGGUUGAGUGGUGCACAAACAACAGCCGAGCCAGGUAUUUCAUCCAUCGCUCGUGGCAGAACAGUAUUGGUUGGAGAUGCUGCCCAUACAAUCCAUCCUUUGGCCGGUCAAGGUCUCAACCUAGGUCUAGCAGACGCUCGGGCUCUUGGUGAAACAUUACUCGAAGCAACAGCACAAGGAGGUGAUCUUGGAAGUCAUACAAGCUUACAAUCUUAUCCACGUCAACGGUACAUAGCCAAUCAAGUAAUGCUGAGCGCGGUCGAUCAUCUUCAUUGGUUGUUCGUCACUCCUUCACCGCCUGGUAAUCCGACGAAUAGCAUCAUGGGAGAUUUGAUCAGUCGAGCUACUAUCUGGGGUAGAAGUACGGGAUUUGAAGUCUUGAAUGAGUUGGACAUCGUCAAAAAGGCAAUCAUCGGUGCUGCCGGUAGCAAACGUUCUUCACAAGGUUCAAACAAGCCUCGUACCAAUCUGGAUCAAAGCGCUUAAUUUUUACUCAAUGUGCAGGGAAAAUGCCAGAUUACUCAAAUCUGUUGUAUAAUACAGUAUAGAAUUACGAAAGAUGUACAGGUUUUGCAAAUAUGAUGUACAAUUCAAUAUUUAAUCUCAGAUUUCACACAGUGGCCUCAUUCAUCUUCCUGCGUUGGGCAGGUUUGGCAAAGGCUUGAUUACUAGGUAGCAUAGUUGAAGAAGAUGCGGAGUGCAUAUUGGUAGUGUUCUUUCUUCCUUGAACCGAUGCCACUGCAGCAGCUGUUGAUGUAUUGGCAAUCAGGCCAUCUUUGUUCGGCAAAGCAGCUCUCCUCCCAGUGGAGAAUUGCAUUUCUUCCAGCAACGCUCU